AUGUCAAUGAAGGUAACAGAAUGGAAUGUCUUUUAUUUACGCUAUGGAUCUUUAGCUGAUAUUAUAUCUUGUGUUGAAUAUGAUAAAACUGGCGACUUUUUAGCAACCGGUGACCAUGGCGGUAGAAUUGUGAUUUUUAAACGAGAAAAUGAAGAUAAACUUCAAAAAUGCAUCAGUCACAACGUGUAUUGUACAUUUGUCAGUCAUGAACCGGAAUUUGACUAUCUUAAAUCAUUGGAAAUUGAAGAGAAAAUCAAUAAAAUCCGAUGGUUACCACGUACUAAUCAUGCACAAUUUCUGCUUUCUACAAAUGACAAAACAAUUAAACUUUGGCGCAUUACUGAACGGUGUCGACGUGUUGCCAAUAGUACUUGUACAUCCUCUGAUUACUUCUUACACAAUAAUACAACUAGAAGUACUAAUACUACCGAUAAUGAUGAUAAUCUUAUGUUGAACGAUAAGAAUAACUCAUCCGUUUCAUUGAAUAAAAUUUAUCAGAAAACUGAUCUACGUGUACCAUAUUAUGAAGAUAUUGACCCUGUCAUGGAUGCACAUCCUAAACGAAUAUUUGCUAAUGCACAUACUUAUCUUAUCAAUUCAUUAUCAGUGAAUUCUGAUCAAGAAACAUUUCUCUCAGCGGAUGAUUUAAGAAUUAAUUUAUGGAAUUUAGAAAUUACCAACCAAUCAUUCAAUAUUGUUGAUUUAAAACCUGUGAAUAUGGAAGAUUUGUCUGAAGUGAUAACAGCUGCUCAAUUUCAUCCAUCAGCGUGUUCAUUAUUUAUUUACAGCAGCAGUAAAGGCACCAUACGUUUAUGUGAUAUGCGUCAACGUGCACUGUGCGAUGAACAUGCAUUAUCGUUUGAAGAAGUCGACGAUCCAAUGAGUCGGUGUUUUUUCUCUGAAAUUAUUAACAAUAUAUCCGAUUUAAAUUUUAGUCAUUCCGGUCGUUAUAUUUUAAGUCGAGAUUACUUAACAUUGAAAGUUUGGGAUUUAAAUAUGCCUCGUCGACCAGUUGAAACUUACCUCGUUCACGAUUAUUUCCGUACAAAAUUAUGUGCACUCUAUGAAAAUGAUUGUAUAUUUGAUAAAUUCGAAUGUCAAUGGUCACCAAACGAUGAUAUGGUUGUCACCGGUUCAUACAAUAAUUACUUUCGUGUAUUUGAACGUGGUACCUCGAAUGAUCUACUAAUGGAAGCAUCUCGUGAAGCUAUGGAAAAUAGUGUAUGCGGUAAACUGAAACCAUGUCAAGUGAUAUCUGAUGGAACUAUCGGGGGUAGCAGUGCCAGUAGUAGUGGUGCUUUCGCUCGAUCAUGGUCUGAGGGUAAAGUCAAUGUGGAAUGUAUGGAUUUAACACGUAAACUGCUUCAUUUAUCAUGGCACACACGUGAAAAUACUCUAGCGUUGGCUGGUACUAGUAGUCUUUACUUACUUGACUACUAUCCUGAUAAUCGUCAGUUAAGUGAUAAUCCAAUAGAAUCACAACGAACUGAUCACCUAAUGAACGGUGGUGUUAAUGACAGUAGUAAUCAUUAUUUUGACAACAAUAAUAUUACUUCUACACCGUCUAAUUAAACCAGUUGUACCAUAAUUAUACUGAAAAAUGUAACUCUUUCGUUAGCAGUCCUGUUUUUUUAACUCCCUCUGUUUCCUUAGAAUGCAAAUACACACAUACUUGUAUACAAACAUCGUUCCGCUCCUCUCUCCUUCUCCGUGUAUAUUUAUAUUUUUUUCAUAAAUUGUAUUGUCUAUCGUUAAAUUGCAUUUCUAGCCUUUAAAUUAUUAUGUCUGAUUGAUAUGUACAUUUUGCA